AUGGCUGUCAAGUACAUCCUCUUCGACUGUGACAACACCAUCGUGAAGUCUGAAGACGUCGCCUUCGCAGCCUGUGCCGAGCUCGUAAAUGAAGUCCUGGCCAAACAUGGUAUCAAUGAACAAUUCACCGGAGAGAGUUUGAUCGCCAAAUUCGUUGGUCACAACUUCCGUGGAAUCAUGGAGAUCUUGCAAGAUGACUACAACUUCAAGCUGUCCGCCGAAGAGCUCAACGCUUACGUUUCAACCGAAGUCGACCGUGUCAUCACAAAGCUUCAAGCCAAGGCCGAGCCAUGUGAUGGUUCCAUGGAGGUCUUGACCAAAUUGUACGACGAGAAGAAGUACAAGCUUGCUGUUGUCUCAUCGUCUGCUCUUCGUCGCGUUCAGGUUUCCAUUGCAAAGACUGGACAAGACAAGUUCUUCCUUGCCGACGAAGUCUAUUCCGCUGCGACCUCUCUUCCCAAACCCACCAGCAAGCCUGAUCCUGCCAUCUAUCUCCAUGUUCUCGACAAGUACGAUGUCAAGCCUGAAGAAUGUGUUGCAAUCGAGGAUUCCAUGUCAGGUGCGACCGCAGCAGUUCGAGCAAAGAUCCCCCUCAUCGGCUAUGUUGGGGCCUACCUUACCGACGCAAAGAAGGACGAGAUCACAGACAAGUUUGCUUCCCUCGGAUGUACUGUCGUCAUGCGCCACUGGAGCGAAUUCGAGAAGUGCUUGGCUGCGAUUGAGGCUGGCCGUGUCUAG